GGGUGCAGCCUUUCCUCUUCACGCCACUUUACACUCUCUCUCCCUCUUCUCCGUUCAAACUUGAAUAACCGGAAACUUUACAAACCUCCGUCUUCCGCCACCCUUUUCCUUUUUGUCUCACCGGAAACAGCAACCCCAAUUUAUUCCCCUCACACCACACGAGUAUUCAGAACCAUCUUUAUUCUUCUUCCUAUAAACCGAAUCUCUUUUUCUCCCCCCUUUCUUCCUAUUUACUAAAUGCGAAUCUCUUGAUAAUAUUAUCUCACUCAAAAUGUCCACUUCCGUCAAGUUUACCGAACACAAAACCUUAACCACAAUGGUAGCUUCAUCCACAAACACCAACCGUCCAACAACCGUCAGGAUUUCCGUCACUGAUGCCUACGCCACCGAUUCGGAUACCUCCGGCGACGAGUGCACCACUCGCCGGAGAGUGAGAAAGUUUGUUAAUGAGGUUACAAUCGAGAACCGUUCGCCGGAAGUUUUGAACAACGGGAAUGGAACCAGAAUGGCAGCUAGUCGAAGAAAGAAGGUGGCCGGAAAAGUUAAGGGUAUUGCAGCGACGGCGAAGGGUAAUACCGGUAAAAAGUUUCGGGGGGUACGGCAACGGCCAUGGGGAAAAUGGGCGGCUGAGAUUAGAGAUCCUAUGCGACGUGUACGGCUGUGGCUUGGCACUUACGAUACUGCAGAAGAAGCCGCCAUGGUUUACGACCACGCUGCUAUCCAGCUGCGUGGCCCCCACGCGCUAACUAACUUCACCGUUCCACCACCGGCACCGGAGAAAAAACCUAAACGAUCGCCGGUGUCUUCUUGUUACAACUCCGCCGAAGAUAAUAAUAAUAAUAAUAAUAAAGCCACGUCACCGAAAUCUGUUCUACGGUUCUCAACAUCUUUCACCGACGAGUCAACUGCCGAGUCGACUCACAACGAUAUUGGAAAAGAAGCCUCCGAGAUUAGCGGAGAUGACGUGGCAUUGUCGGAAAAUUUUUCCGGUUUUCAGCCUUUCGAGUUGUUUGAUUUACCGGAUAUGAUACCCGACAUAUUUGACCCGACAACGAUGUCGGGUAUACCAUUACAAGAGUCCGACCCGGUUGACAUGUUCAUCGAUUCGGUAACCGAUGUCGGGUUUGUGUCUUGGCCCGUGGAUGAAUACGAUUACUCCAAUGAGUUUGGUGAUAUAUUCGGGUCGGAUCCUCUCGUUUCCCUUUAAGACCGGGUUUGGAAUUUUUGUACGGAAUUAGGAAGUUAAGUUAAAUAUUUGUUUAUUAUUAUAUAGUGAAAGAAGAUAUAUAAAUAUUUAGGUGAACUCCGUUACCGUUAAGUAACGGACGAGUGGUUAAGUAUGUGUUGCCGUUAAGGAUAAGGCACGUGCUAGAGCACGUGAGUGAGGAAAAUGUUAAUGGUACUUUGAAUUAGGUGAAAGAAUGAAUGCUACGUGGUUUGAUCAUGCAGUUUCUGAUUUCCACCCUUUUUUUUUAAAUUGUAUUAAAUGCUUGUUGAUUUUGGGUACAA